AAGAGGCAGGGAACGUCCAUUUAUUAGUUUCGUAAAAGACAAUCAUAGAGAAUCAGAACAAGAGACUAAUGAAAAUAGUAUGGAUAUGUUUCACUUAGAGCAAGUAACCAAUGAAAAUGAUAUAGAUUCGGUUCACUUGCAAGAACUCAUUGACAAUGCCACAGUUUCCAAAUCUCCCAAGAUCGAUGUUGAGCAGCUACAGCAUGAGAUCCAAAUGCAAAAAGAAUUUUUAGAUCAUUUAACAGCAGAAUUUGAGCAGAAAAAUUAUCAGCAUGUCCAAGCACUACUAAAUAAUACAAUGAUAUUAUGGGUGACAUCCAGGAAGCAAGAGAAAAACAUAAGCGAGCUAGAACAUGGAAAGACUCUAAACCAUGGACAAUGUUUUUAA